ACCUCAAAGGCGUGGUAUCAGCCAAGAACGACAUCCGCGUGGAAAUUGUACACAAAGAUCACAACGCAGCCCGAGAAAACGAGGAUCACUCCGCCAUGAAACAGCUCAUGAUUGAACGGGGAGAGUUUCAGCAGGAGUCCGUUCUGAAGCAACUUGAGGUACUUCAGGAAGAGGAGAAAGAGUAUCAGCACAUCAAGGACCCCACUAAUGGAUACUACAGUGUGAACACCUUUAAGGAGCACCAUGGCACCCCAACCACGCUGGCCGGGAACCAGACCACAGAGCUCCGCCGAGACCCUGCCACAGCCACCACCGGCAAGCAGCGGGUUCCCACAGGAAUGUCUUUCACCAACAUCUACUCUACCUUGGGUGCUGGACCCAACCGCCUGUACGACUACAGCCAGCGGUUUGUGCUGGGAAUGGGCAGCAGUUCCAUCGAGCUUUGCGAGCGAGAAUUCCAGCGAGGAUCGUUGAGCGAUUCCAGCUCUUUCCUGGACACACAGUGCGACAGCAGCGUCAGCAGUUACAGCAAGCAGGAUGGCUACGUGCAGUUCGACAAGGACAGCAAGGCCUCGGCCUCGGCCUCUUCCUCGUCCCAUUACUCUCAGUCAUCGUCCCAGAACUCAGACCUCACACGGCCACUGCAGAAACGCAUGCAGACCCACGUCUGACUGCAGGAGAUGGACAGAGGAAUCCAGCACUAGGAUUGGCCAAAGGGGAUUGAAUCCCCCCAACCCCACAGAUGCGAAUCAGGAUCAAGUUCAAGCACAUCUAGCACACCAGUUUCAUUUUAUCCUCCACUUCUUUUGCUUUGAACAUUUAUUUGAUAUAUGUGAAUUUCCUCAUUUGUUCAGAUCUUAUUUACAGCUCUGAAAAGCCUUACCGGUUUCAGAACCUUGUCUUGACCCUUCCGAAUGCCCUAAAUAUCUGGGCCAAAAACUUCCUCCAAACAACAGUGUGCCACAGUGAUGUCACAUGCCAAUGGAGAAAGACACAAGACCCUGAACAGAUCUAGUGUCCUAGCUGUCGUUCCAGUAACUUUGGAACAGCUCUGAAUGAAUGACCUCCUCGAAGAAAGCAUAGCAACAAUGCUCAAAUGAACUCUUCGAAGAGAGUUCUGUGGUCCAUUCACUAGAGGACAAUGCUCUGUUGCUCCUGUACAUUAAAGCACAACUGUCAAAGCUGUAUGUAAGAUUCCUCAAUGCCUCUACCACAGCUAGCUAAACAAAUGAAAAAAUAUAAAAGGACAAAAAAAAAAGAAAGAAAGAAAUGUAUGAACUGAAUUAACAACUAAAGUCAGUCAGAAUUCUUGGAUUCUGACCCUUCUGACAAAGGUUUCUCUGACAUACAAAUAUGAGAUGUGGCUCUGAGCUGUCACUUUAUCAUUCAGAGAGAAGAUAUAUGUGUGUACUUUGUUGUUCUUUC